GAGUGAGCGCUCUCGCGGAGUUACAAACUGGAUGGAGCCGAUUGAAGUAGGCUAGAUACUUUAGUUAUAAUAAGUGGAUUUUGACAGCGGAUCUCUGGCUUCAGUCUGACGACGUUUCCUACUGGAUCUUAUAGCGUGCCCACUGGGGAAAAUAAAUCAUUAUCUGCAAGAAACAUAGCUGGCAUGCGCUAAUAUGGAAACCAAACCAUUCUUGUCUCUAGGGCUCCUGAAAAACCCCUGCUCAGUAGCACCGCCAUGUUUGCGGAGCCGGCCGGGCGACGCUGGCAGUUCGCCCAAUGGCUGCUCUGGCUUCAUGGGUACAUACCCGCUACAACAGCGCAGGAUAUCCACAGACUCCUCUGGUCAGCUCUCGUCGUCUCCUCUGAGCUCCUCCACAGGUCACCGAGGCUUCAGUAACCAUCCUCUCCACCCACCCCUGCUCAGCCAGUCCGCCAUGAACUCCAGCCCGGGUCAGAUGCAUUCGCCCAUCAGCACCCUUAGCUCACCCAUCAACGGCCUGCCCUCGCCGUUCCCCAUCAUCAGCUCACCCAUGGGCCACCCCUCCAUGAGCGGCCCGUCCUCCACUAGCAUGACCUUCAGACCCAGCCUGAGCCCACAGCUCAGCUCACCCAUGAAUGCAGUCAGUAGUUCAGAGGACAUUAAACCCCCUCUGGGUCUGAACGGGGUGAUGAAGGUCCCAGCGCAGCCCACAGGCACAUGCCUCUCCCUCAUUAAACACAUCUGUGCCAUUUGCGGAGACCGUUCAUCAGGUAAACACUACGGGGUGUACAGCUGUGAGGGCUGUAAGGGCUUCUUCAAGAGAACGGUGAGAAAGGAUUUGACGUACACUUGCCGAGACAACAAGGACUGUCUAAUUGACAAACGCCAACGCAACCGCUGCCAGUACUGCCGUUAUCAGAAGUGCUUAGCCAUGGGAAUGAAGAGAGAAGCUGUUCAGGAGGAGCGGCAGCGGGCGAAGGAGCGGAGCGAGAGUGAGUUCGGCAGCUGUGCCAACGAGGACAUGCCCGUGGAGAAGAUUCUGGAAGCCGAACUGGCAGUGGAACCAAAGACGGAGACCUACGUGGAGGCCAACCUGAGUGCGCCUGCCAAUUCUCCUAACGACCCUGUAACAAACAUCUGCCAAGCAGCUGACAAGCAACUCUUUACCUUAGUGGAGUGGGCCAAGCGGAUACCUCACUUUUCUGAUCUCCCGCUGGACGAUCAAGUCAUCCUCCUGAGAGCAGGGUGGAAUGAACUCCUGAUCGCCUCUUUUUCACAUCGUUCUAUAGCUGUGAAAGAUGGGAUAUUAUUAGCCACAGGCCUUCACGUCCAUAGAAACAGUGCACACACUGCCGGUGUGGGAGCCAUCUUUGACAGAGUGCUGACGGAGCUUGUGUCAAAGAUGAGAGACAUGCAAAUGGACAAGACUGAACUUGGAUGCCUGCGGGCCAUUGUUCUGUUCAAUCCAGAUUCAAAAGGACUGUCUAAUCCAUCAGAGGUGGAGGCAUUAAGGGAAAGAGUGUAUGCAUCUCUAGAGGCCUACUGUAAACACAAAUAUCCUGAUCAGCCUGGAAGAUUUGCCAAGCUGUUACUGCGUCUGCCUGCCCUGCGGUCCAUCGGCCUGAAGUGUCUUGAACAUCUCUUCUUUUUCAAGUUAAUCGGAGACACACCCAUCGACACUUUCCUAAUGGAAAUGCUCGAAGCGCCACACCAAAUGACAUAAGGGAAUGAUUUUAUUUCUGACAAUGGGUGCAGCUCAUGUACAGAACACUACAGGAGGCCACAGGACACAUCUCUGAUCUCACAGGAGAGGACUGAACUCAAGAGUAAUUCUACCUUGGCGUUUCAUCAGAAACAUUGCGCAAUCCACAAAAUACUGUGUAACCGUUCAUUACGGAAUAACACGUAGGAUGGAUUAAGUGAGUUUUUUUCUGGUUUGCAUGCACGUUUGGGAAGUCUCACGGAGUUCUGGAGUUUUUGGUUUCUCAUUUCUUCUGCCUUACAGAGGUCUACCUCUGCUUUUGUACACAGCCAAACCGCCUCAUCUCUGAACUCCCAAUCAUUUUGCUGUGAAUUUUCAGAUUUCAUGAGAGGAAACAAAAUACCUCAUAUGCACUUCUUCAUGCAGCUGUCCUUAAAAAACACAUUACUGUAUCUACCAUUGAAACAGUGAACAGGACCACAGUAAAAAAAAAUUCCCCCCCAGGCACUUAGAAAUUGCUUCUUUAAGCGGUAUUGUUAUACGUCAGGAUUCUUCAAGUCCAUCUCCAUGAGGAAGAAACUGCACGCAGUUUGGCUUCAAGUCCUUUUCUUUUUGGAAGAUAUAUGGGCUCAUGAAUAACAGAAUGGUCUAAAAAGAAUGAAAAGCAGGUGUACUCCUGGCUGAACUCGCGCUGGAUGAAAAUACAAUGAUUCAUUGUUAGAAUUGUGUAAAAAAAAAAAAUAAUAAUAAUAAUAAUUAUUGAAGAUUUUUCAUGAUGUUUUGCCUGUAUAAUUCAGCAUAAACAUGUAUCAAGUAUUUCCAAAGAUUUUCAAUAAUGUUUAUAUAUAUAUAUAUAUAUAUAUAUAUAUGUAUGUAUGUAUAUAAUCUGAUAAUUCCCAGCAAGUGGGUGUUUGUGAUUUGAAAAUAUGCAAGGAGUUAAAGGAAUCCAGAUGAUAGUCUGGCCUCAGGGAAUUGCAAGGUUUGGGAAGUGCCAUGCCUGUCCCCUAUUGGAAAAGUUGUGACAUUGCAGCUGUACUCAUUUGCUAUUACAUGAAGUUGGGUUUUACUAUUUUACCAUUUGCUAUUACAACAGUUGGGUUUUUACAGAAUGCUUGGCAAACAUUGCAAAAUAGCCUCAGGUUGAUUCAAAUGCAAUUAUUUUUUUUUGGUUCUGUUGUGCAGUCUUAUCUGUGUAAUAAGGAAGAAACUGUAAUAACAAUAGAUUUCGUAACAUUUGUAUUGACGCAUCAAACCUCAAUUGCAGAUUGAGCCAAUCUGAACCACUGUUUUCAUGAUGACGAUUAAUUUUAAUAACUAUUAUUGGAAUUCGGGAAGUUGUCAGUAGCAGACAUAGUGCAAAAGACCUACUGAUUUAGACGACACAUUCUCCCAAAUGAUAACCCCAGGCCUCACAGCACAUGAGUAUUCAGUCUGAUAUACACAUAAACAGCAUAUACUGUCUAUGUGAUUGUUAUACACAACCUGAAGUUCUAGUGGUCAUGUUUGUAAGCUUCGACCAGGGUGAAAUUUGAAUCGGUGUCAGGGAAGAUCAGUGGAUCUUUUGUUUGUUCUGUCAUUGGACAUCUUUGGCCUUUCAUUACUCCAAAACCAGCAUAUUUAGAAUGUGCAGACAAGAACUAAAGACCCCUUUGCUGAGGUAUAGACAAAACACAGACAUUGUAAGCGCUCUUAGAUUCACACUGUGUCAAACAGGGUGUGUUAAACCAUCAGGAGUCGGGCACAUUUGAUCUGAUAUCAGCUACAAUCCUGAUGUGCCACUAUCAGACAUCUGUAAUAUUUCCCUGUGAGACAUCAAUUCAUCACAGGACAUGUCAGCAAAACACGAAAGAGAUGCAUUUUAAGAGAAUGAUCUAUUUUUGUACAAAGUGUAAUUUUUUUCUCUACGUCAUUAUUUUGUCUGUUCUAUAUUGUACACAUUGUUGGUGUAAAUAUUCAUUUUUAAGUGGAGCCGUGCCCUCAAACCUGGACUGAGAGAAAGGUUAACGUGCAAAGGCUUCUCUGUUUCUCUGCCAUUUGUUUUCAUGGUACCCUCACCUGAGAACUGAGGACGGUGUAUUGUGUAUUGUCCUAUUAUAUUAUGUCUGUUCAAAGGACUAUUAAAUUUCAAA